UGUUCAUGAACCAACACAAUGUCUACGAACGACCGUUAGCCCGCUCAUUCUGCUUCAUUCACAAACAACAUCACUCCAUUUUGUUUUAAUUCAAAUAAAAUCAGGACGAGAGAAUAUGAUGUUUCCAGCGGGCAACAUGUCGCUCAUCGCGCUGACUGCGGCGCUGCUGACCGUCGUCCUCUGCGCCGCUCCGGUCAGUGCGAACGAGGACUGUCUGUGGUACGUGGAUAAAAACGGCACCUGGCACAACGGCUUCGACUGCCCUCUCAUCACGUUCUGCUGUGGGAACUGCCACCGGCGCUACUGCUGCCUGGACGCCUUCAAGAUGAUCACAGAGAGGGAGCAGAAGCGCUGCAUGCUCUUCCAGUUCAGCCCCACCACUCUGGCUGGCAUCGCCUCCUCCAUCCUCCUGUUUGUGGCCAUCAUCGCGACCAUGGUCUGCUGCUUCAUGUGCUCCUGCUGUUACCUCUACCAGAGAAGGCAGCAGAGGGGCAGGACACCGUACGAUGUCCAGCAGAUCCCCAUGGCCAGCUACCCAGUGGAGCCUAUGUAUGAUGCUUAUGGAAAGCCACUGGGACCGCAUGAGUAUUUACACGCAGGUUAUCCAAUGGCGCCCCAGUACCCCGGCAUGCCGCCGCAUUACCCGAUGAUGCAGCCUGGACCUUAUCCACCACACCUGAUGGAUCCUACAUACAGCCAGGCUCCUCCACCUUACUCUCCACCUCAGUAUCCCGGUCAUUGAUGGGCUCGUCUGCGCACACGCACACACACACACACACACACACACACACACACACACAC